ACCUACUGUGUCAGCAGCAGCGUGCCCUUGCGUAAACUGCGCGUAGAACCAUCACGUUCUUCCCGUGGGCCCCACAGCGAAACCGCGAUACCAACGCGUCGACUCCCCCCCACGCGCCGCUUCCACAGUUCUCCUUUCUCCCCUCUCUCCUCUCCGGCGGCGAUGGCGGCGGCGGCGAGGAGCUCCGGUGGAAUGUCCGACCAGCUCUUCGUGUCCAUCAAGCUGGAGUGCCCGCGACUCGCUGAGAUGGGCCUCGUCCCGCACGUCUUCGGCUCGCACCCAGUCGCCGGCGCGUGGGACCCCUCCAAGGCCCUGCUGAUGGAGCAGGAGGAGGCCGCCUUGUGGGGGCUCAGCUGCAUCGUCCCUUCUCACCGCGAAACACUGGAUUUCAAGUUUCUAUUGAAGCCAAAAGACAAUAGCUCACAUUGCAUUGUUGAGGAGGGGCCAGACCGAUCACUAGUUUGUGGAAGUAAUGAGGUGGAAAUUAGGAAUGCAUUGUUUAAAUUCAAUGAUGAGACAGGUGUGGUUGAAUGCAAGAUUUUCGUGGAGACAGAAAUUUUGUCCCCAUUUGACCUAGCUGCUAGUUGGAAGGCUCAUCAGGAGCAUCUCCAGCCGAGGGUGCGAGGGGCCCAUGAUGUCAUUAUGAAUGCCGAUUCUGAAUCCAGGGCCAAGAAUGGCUUCGCUUCUGGUUUGGAGCUUGAUUUAGAGAAGUAUGUAGUUCCGACACCAAACAUGGGCUCGGAUGUUGUUUAUGCAGCUAACUUGACUGAAAAUCCCCGCUCGUUAUUGACUACGGGGAUUUCCUCAAACAAUGAUACCACAAAGGGCUUUUUGCACAACUCGAUCAAAGGCGAUGCAUCCCCGAACCUCUAUGCUAGUGAAAACAAGGGUGCAGAUGGGAGACAUGUGCCUCCACAGGAGGAACAAAGGGCGAUCUUUGUUGAUAGAGGUGUUGGCUCACCAGAAUUUGCAAGACCCACAAAUGAAACAAUUUCAAUGAGCAACAUCAAGUUUGAUUCUGAAGCGAAGCAGGACAUGCCAGCAGCUGAAGGAGCUGUUGCAGCAGCAGCUGUAGCUGAUCAAAUGUAUGGCCCAAAGGAGGAUCGCAAGUUGGCAAUUGUGCUGGUUGGGUUGCCAGCUCGUGGUAAGACCUUUACAGCGGCUAAGCUUACAAGGUACCUUCGAUGGUUAGGUCAUGAAACAAAACACUUCAAUGUUGGAAAGUACCGCCGACUCAAGCAUGGCAUUAAUCAGACUGCUGAUUUCUUCCGUGGAGACAACAAAGAAGGUGUGGAGGCACGCAAUGAGGUGGCGGCUCUAGCAAUGGAGGAUAUGCUAUCUUGGAUGCAGGAAGGUGGUCAGGUAGGUAUCUUUGAUGCCACAAACAGCACAAGAAACCGGAGAAAUAUGCUGAUGAAAAUGGCGGAAGGCAAGUGUAAGAUCAUCUUUUUGGAAACAAUAUGUAAUGACCAAAAUGUUCUCGAGAGAAAUAUGCGCUUGAAAGUUCAACGAAGUCCUGAUUAUGCGGAACAGACAGAUUUUGAAGCUGGUGUUCGAGAUUUCAAAGAGAGAUUGGCCUAUUAUGAAAAGGUAUACGAACCAGUGGAAGAAGGCUCAUAUGUUAAGAUGAUUGAUAUGGUCAGUGGGACUGGGGGCCAAUUGCAGAUCAAUGAUAUAAGUGGUUACUUGCCUGGCCGGAUUGUUUUCUUCUUGGUGAACUGUCAUCUUACACCUCGUCCCAUCCUGCUAACUAGACACGGUGAAAGUUUAGAUAAUGUCAGAGGACGGAUUGGUGGAGAUUCAUCUUUGAGUGAAACCGGAUCGCUUUAUUCAAGGAAACUUGCCAGCUUUAUAGAAAAGCGGCUAGCGUCUGAGAGAACUGCAUCUAUAUGGACUAGCACACUCCAGAGGUCAAUAUUAACAGCGCAGCCUAUCAUUGGAUUUCCAAAGAUACAAUGGCGUGCACUUGAUGAAAUAAACGCUGGCAUCUGUGAUGGGAUGACGUAUGAUGAAAUAAAGAAAAUUAAACCUGAAGAAUAUGAAUCACGUAGCAAGGACAAGCUGAGGUAUCGUUAUCCUAGAGGAGAAUCCUACCUCGAUGUCAUUCAAAGAUUAGAACCUGUAAUUAUUGAGCUUGAACGGCAGCGUGCUCCAGUUGUUGUCAUAUCUCACCAGGCUGUGCUAAGAGCACUAUAUGCAUAUUUUGCGGAUAAACCACUGGAGGAACUUCCUAACAUUGAGAUACCACUUCAUACAAUAAUUGAGAUACAAAUGGGUGUUGCUGGUGUUCAAGAGAAAAGAUACAAACUCAUGGACGCAGUGAACUCCACAGCAGGGAUUUAGGACAUGACGCAUGAAGCUUAAAUCCUAAAAGAAAUCUGCCUAAUAAUUUUUCUUUAUUCUGAUGAAGUUUGCAAACUCCCAAUGCAUUACUGACAUCCAUGGGAAGUAAAAUUAUUGGUGUGAACAAUUAACAUGGCUGGUUCAGCUCAAAGAUGGUUUGACUCUCAAAUUUUGAAUGGAUAUUAUGUAUUAAGGUUGGCUCCUGCUAACUAAUGCGCUCAGAUAGCACUCCAAGUGGAUUCGGGCCCUUCGAAUUCUAAAUAUGUUUGUUGAGGAUUUGCAUGUACAGCUUCAAUUAUAGUGACCAAUGUGGGUUCCUUUGAAAAAUUCAGUUUGCUUGUCAAACGGCCAGGUGUAUAUGCAUUUAUGCAUCUACUUUCCGCUUAAUGGUUGCUUUCCAAACCUGUCUCAUAUCAUCAAAUUAGCUUAGGCGAUAUAUUCUUACGGACGUAUUCUCCAGGAAAAAGGAUAUGUAUUCUUACUAUGUGAUCAGUUGCAUGUGCUGUGCUGAUGUGCUCUGAUGAAUUUAUGCACGGUGUGUUCGACAAUUCUGUAACUGUUAAAUAAACAUAGUUUUCUUAAGUGGAGCAUAUAUUAUUUUUCUC